AUGCAGAAAGGAUGCAGUACCCAUAUCUCCCCAAAGGGGCCUGGCGAUGCAAGACCAACUGCGCUACAAGUAAUUAAGGACGAGGGAUUACUUGAUGGCCUUCCCGGAAAAACUGUCUUAGUGACUGGUGCCAACGACACUACAGGGCUCGAGACAGCCCGAGCUCUCCAUAUGACAGGUGCCCGGGUCUUUAUAACCACACGUACCGUCGAGAAAAAUACCACGGCAGUCCAGAGCAUCGUUGACAGUAAUGGCGGGGAGAAAGGGGGGAUUGAGGCGAUUACUAUGGAGCUUGGAGAUCUCUCUUCUGUGAGAACAGCAGCCAAUGAAUUUUUGUCAAGAAGUGACAAACUGAACAUUCUGGUGUGCAAUGCUGGUGUAUUUGCACAGAGCCUGGAACGCACAACAGAGGGUUUUGAGAAAGAUUUUGGCGUCAAUCAUAUGGGACAUUUUGUUUUCUUUCAGCAGCUCAAGGCAGCCCUUCUCGCAUCAUCCACGGCUUCGUUUAAUUCUCGCGUUGUAAUGGUCGCUUCCACAGGCCAUCGCAUGGGCGAAAUUCAUUUCGAUGAUAUCAACUUCGAGCAUCAUGAAUGGGAUCCUGUACUUGCAUACGCCCAGAGCAAGACAGCCAACAUUUACAUGGCCAAUUAUAUCGACAGGAAAUAUGGCGGGCAUGGGCUCCACGCCUGGUCCCUUCAGCCGGGAGGAAUUUCCUCGAACCUGGUAGGAUCCGAGGAGGCGAAACAAGCCCUAUACAACAAUCCGGCCGUCUUUCCAUAUGUUAAGACCACUGCGCAGGGUGCGGCAACAUCCGUAUGGGCUGCUGUUGCGAAGGAUCUGGAAGGCAAAGGUGGCAAAUUUCUGGAAAGUAUGCAAGAAAUUGGGGUCUGGACGGGGCCAGAAGAGAAGCGCGUGGAUUGGACGGAUUCGGGAUAUGCUCCAUAUGCUUACAACGACGAGAAGGAGAACCAAUUGUGGGAACUAAGUGAAAAGCUUAUUGAAUACUCGUGUUGAACUGGUGGUGCACAAACCUGGCUAGCCAGGCUAGCUUACGGAUCCUUCCAGCACUAGGUUCAACCACUAAUUUAGCUGAUGCCACUAUCGUUUUUACUAUCGUUUGACUAUUGUUUUGACUAUUGAUAGCUUGGCACACACUAGCUAGCCUGUUCGGUACAGCUAGCUAGUCAUAUACGGAGAACACUCUUUACAUGCUUUUUAGGCACACACGUUACUGGAGCUAAUAGCUAUAUAAACAAUGCUUUGCAUCCUCUUCUUUACUCUCUUCACGCUUCAUUUUACUUGUAUUGUAGCUAUUACGCUCUGCUAGUCAUUAAUCUAAUCGUUUUG